AUGACUGCUUCACUGCAUUCUAACCCAUUUUAUGUCAUUACUGCUACGCUUGUUACUGAUCCUAGUAGGGCGAUGAAUAUUAGUGAUAUUAGUGGUGAAAAUCCUGAAGGGAAAUCAGUGCGAAAUGGUCUGUCUGAGAGUGAUCUUCAACAACUGAUAGAUCUCGCGAAUAAUAGGGAAGGAACUACAGAGCAAUCUCCAGUAUCAUUCUCAGCUCUGGCGAGUCGUCUUCAAGCCCUUAAGGAUGCCAUCAAGAUUGCAGCGGUAUCAUCCCUGAAAUGGAGCGCCAUGGUUGAUUCAGAAAACCUCAGAUUUGGAAAUGUCCAAGAUAGUUUGGUACGCACUAAGGCGAAGGGUCUGGCAACGGCAUCAGCAGAGGAAUAUAUACCUGUGGGAGAUAUCGUCGUAGACAACCUGCAAGGUAUGAAUCUGUCGUCUCUGGCUACGAAAUCCGAUAAGGAAAAUGAUAUACAAGUCCGUAGAGUCGCUGAAAUGGAGGGUUUUCCUCAACAGAACCUGCAUCAAGGGGGUAGAGGGCAGAGUUCGUAUAGGGGAGGUCGUGGGCGAGGGGGUUGGGGCAACCCUAACUCGUUGAGAGUAGACUCUUCUGCUAUAGCUUCAAACCAAACAACUAAAUCCUGGGCUGAGGUUGCUACCAUGCCUAGUAGAUCUUCAAUUAAACUAAGGUACAUUCCUCCUCCUGCAUCUGAUGACCCAAAUGUUGUGGAUUUACCUUUUAGGGAGAUGGGGAAGCUGAAAAGACUCAUUCAACCUAGGGACAUUACCAUAAACAUUGGAAAGGAUGCCCCAAUUCCCGAAUGCCCUAUCCCUGGUGAAAGAUGGAAAGAAAUAAGGCAUGACAACACAGUUACAUGGCUUGCUUUUUGGAAUGAUCCAAUCAACCCAAAGGAAUUCAAAUACGUGUUCUUGGCAGCUAGCAGUUCUUUGAAAGGGCAAAGUGACAAGGAGAAAUAUGAGAAAUUAAGGAUGUUGAAGGACUACAUACAAGGCAUCAGAGCAACAUAUACUAAGGAUUUUGCUAGUAAGGAUAUCACAAGGCGGCAAAUAGCAGUUGCCACCUAUCUUAUUGAUAAACUAGCUCUCAGGGCAGGCAAUGAGAAGGAUGAUGAUGAAGCUGAUACCAUUGGUUGCUGCACAUUGAAAGUAGAAAAUGUAGAACCAAUGCCUCCAAAUAUUCUGAAGUUUGACUUCCUUGGUAAAGAUUCAAUUAGAUACCAAAAUGAGGUUGAAGUUGAACUUCCUGUGUUCAAGGCAAUUCAGCAAUUCCGAACUGGAAAAAGUGGCGGCGAUGAUCUUUUUGACAAGCUGGAUACCAAUAAACUGAAUGCUCAUCUGAAGGAACUCAUGCCUGGUCUCACAGCAAAGGUUUUCCAUACAUAUAAUGCAUCUAUAAUUUUUUCCUGUCCUAUUUCGUCAGGAGCUAGGUAUAGUUUCUAA